CCGGCGUCGCUAUCGACGUCGGGCCGCGUCGCGCUGGUGCAGGUGCAGAGGCUCUUCGAGAGAGAGAGAGAGAGAGAGAGAGUGAGAGAGAGAGAGCGAGAGCGAGCGCGAGAGAGAGAGCGAGAGUGAUAAGGAUGCGAAAAGGAGAGAAGGGGAAGAAGAAGGGCGAGAAUGAAGGGAAGCGCCGGAGGAAAGGGUGCAGGGCAUGAGUGAAAGGAUUUCAGCAGCUGCCAGUGCGUCUAGCAUCCCGGGGGCUCGUCUAUGAAUGAUUUCUAGAAAGGGGCACUUUGAGAUAUGAUGAGCUCUCUUACUGGCUGGCAAUAGUACUAUGAUUUGGUAUGUGGCCACUUUGAUAGCAAGUGUGUUCAGCGCCCGAGGAACGGCCGCUCAAGGUGCCCACGGAGUCAGAGAGGAGCCCCAGUUUGUGACUGCCCGUGCUGGGGACACCGUGAUUCUGGGAUGUGACGUAUCCCACCCGCUCAACGGGCAGCCCUACGUGGUGGAGUGGUUCAAGUUCGGAGUGCCCAUCCCCUUCUUCAUCAACUUCCGAUUCUACCCUCCCCAUGUGGACCCGGAGUACGCCGGAAGAGCUAGCCUGCAUGGGAAGUCAUCUCUGCGGAUUGAGAGGGUACGUUCGGAUGAUCAGGGCUGGUACGAGUGCAAGGUGUUGAUGUUGGAGCAGCAGUACGACACCUUCCACAACGGCAGCUGGGUGCAUCUUACAGUGAAUGCUCCUCCAACCUUCAUAGACACACCGCCACAGUACGUGGAGGCUAAAGAGGGGGGCAGCAUCACUCUCAGCUGCACGGCGUUCGGCAACCCCAAACCCUCGGUCAGCUGGAUACGGGAGGGUGAGGAAUUACAGGACAGCGCCAAGUACAAGGUGAGCGAUGGCAGUCUGACGGUGUUGUCCAUCACCCGGCAGGACAGAGGAGCAUACACGUGCAGAGCCUACAGUGUGCAGGGAGAGGCCAUCCACACCACACGCCUACUCGUCCAAGGACCUCCAUUUAUCAUCUCCCCUCCAGAGAACAUAACCGUGAACAUAUCCCAGGAUGCAUUCUUCACCUGUCAGGCCGAGGCAUAUCCUGGCAACAUGACGUACACCUGGUUCUGGGAGGAAGAUAAUGUCUUCUUCAAGAAUGAUCUGAAGCGCAGAGUGAGUAUUCUGAUCGAUGGCUCCCUCAUCAUUGCCCAGGUGAAGCCAGAGGAUGCUGGGAAGUACACUUGCAGCCCCAGUAAUAGCCUUGGUCGGCCCCCCACUGCAUCAGCAUACCUGUCAGUGCAAUACCCUGCCCGUGUGGUGAACAUGCCACCCGUCAUUUAUGUGGCCAUCGGACUGCCGGGGUACAUCCGCUGCCCGGUGGAUGCCAACCCACCUGUCACUUCAGUGAAGUGGAAAAAAGACGGUCUGCCUCUCCGGAUAGAGAAGUACCCUGGAUGGAGCCAAAUGGAGGAUGGGAGCAUACGAGUGGCCGAGGUGACAGAGGACUCUCUUGGCACCUACGCCUGCGUGCCUUACAACGCCCUGGGUACCAUGGGACAGUCCCCUUCCGCCCCCCUGGUGCUAAAGGAUCCCCCUAAGUUUCUGGUGGUUCCAGGAGGAGAGUACAGACAGGAAGCAGGAAGAGAGCUAGUCAUCCCCUGUGAGGCAGAAGGAGACCCAUUCCCCAACAUAACAUGGAGGAAGGUAGGGAAGCCCAGCAGGGGCAAGCACAACGUCCUACCAAGAGGCAGCUUACAGUUCAAAUCUCUCAGCAAGGAGGACCAUGGGGAGUGGGAGUGUGUCGCUUCCAAUGUUGCCACGAGCAUCACUGCCAGCACGCGCCUCCUCGUAAUCGGCACAAGCCCUCACGCCCCCAAAAACAUCCACGUUUCAGUCUCGACGACCUCGGCCAACGUCUCCUGGGAGCCAAGCUACGAUGGCGGCUUCGAGCAGACAUUCUCAGUCUGGUACGGCCAUGUGGUGAAGAGGGAGCAGCUAGGCUCGCAUGACUGGCUCUCCAUGCCCGCGCCAAGUGGGCAGCACUGGCUGCUGGUGCAGGGCCUGGAGUCUGAGACGGCCUACCAGUUCAGCGUCCUGGCGCAAAACAAGCUGGGCACGGGCCCCUUCAGCGAGGUCGUCACUGUGAACACUCUAGUAUUUCCUAUAAGUACCCCCGAACCUCUGGUGCUGCUUACCCCACCACGGUGCCUCACAGCCAACCGGACACAACAGGGAAUCCUGCUAACAUGGAUCCCUCCAGCCAAUCACACGUCGCCGAUCGAUCGUUACAUCAUGGAGUUCCGCCUCGGCGAGAGGUGGGACGUCCUGGAUGAUGCAAUCCCUGCAGGAGAGACGGAGCUGUUGGCCAGAGAUCUGAUGCAGGAGGUAUGGUAUGAGUUCAGAGUUAUGGCGGUCAUGGAAGACCUCAUCAGUGAACCCAGUAAUGUAGUUGGGGUCUCCAGUACAGACUUCUUCCCACCGCCAGACAUGGCAGACGAGGGGCUGGCGCGGCCGGUGGUGGCGGGCAUCGUGGCCACCAUCUGCUUCCUGGCGGCAGCCGUCCUCUUCAGCACACUGGCAGCCUGCUUCGUCAACAAGCAGCGGCGACGCAAGCUCAAGAGGCGACGAGAUCCUCCGCUUUCAAUAACACACUGCAGAAAAAGCGUGGAGACUCCGCCGUCUUCUGGAAAGAUGAGUCCAGAGAGUGUCCGAUCCAUGGGAGCUCCAUCUGAGUCAUCUGAGGAUGAAUCACGAGCUAAGAAAAGUCCUGCCAAGGAGAAGGAGCUUUCCUUAUACAAGAAGACCAAAAGAGCAAUAAUUAGCAAGAAAUAUAGUGUCUCAAAACAUGAAGCUGAGGCUACUACACCUAUUGAGUUAAUCAGUCGUGGGCCAGAUGGUCGUUUUGUCAUGGAGCCCACUGACACGGGCACACCUGUCAAGCCUAGGCGUAUUGAGGGCUUCCCCUUUGUGGAAGAGUCAGAUCUUUACCCAGAAUUUCGACAGUCUGAUGAAGAGAAUGAUGAUCCAGGCCCCAUGCCUCCUAUGAUGGCCACUCUCAGACCCCAUCAGAUCUCUCCCAUUUCUUCCAGCCAGGAGUCUUACUUGCAGCCCCCAGCCUAUAGCCCCCGCUUCCAGAGGCCAAUUGAAGGGUUGACCAUCAUGGAGAGCAGUCGACUUCAGGCCAUGGGGCAGAUCCGUGGUGCUCCUCAUUUUCGAGCCUUUUCCCAUGGCCAGUUCUACUUGGGCAGCUAUUUGGGCAGUCCUGGAGAACCUGAGCCUCCACCUCCUUUCUACAUGCCAGACACCAGCCCACUUAGCUCAGUAAUGUCUUCACCCCCUUACCACCUAGAGGGGCCUUUUGGUCAUCCAACCAUACCAGAGGAAAUCACUGAAGGAGAGAUUCAGCACUAUGCAGUCUCAGGCUGCUCCCUUCCCUUGACACACACAUCAUCCCGUUCCCCGGAUAUCUGGCAACGGCCUGAUUUCUCUUUUGCCACAUUUGAGGGUCCUCACUUCAUAUUCCCACCCCCACACCCUUUGCAAUUUCACCGGGAACCUUCUCUUCCACCACCCCUCAUUCUCCCUCCUAGUGCUCUCCCACCUGCUUCCAUUCACAUACCCUCCUAUCCUGGUAUUCUUCAGCUGGAGGCCCCAAAGAGUCGGCUAGGCAAAUCUCCCAGCAAAGUGAAGCCUCAGGGCCUUCCAGCCAAGCAUUUACCUAUGCAAGAGGCACAGAGUCUAGGGCAGCUAAGACACACAAGCCACGGUAUGGGUGUGCCGGUAUUGCCUUACCCUGACCCAGCGUCUCACAUUGUUGGUCCUAGCUCAUUUGGAAGCCUGGAUACCCGUUGGUAUGAGUUAACUCCCAGGCUCAGUCCCAGACAGCCCCGUAGGAUGGAACCCAGCAUGGUGGUACUCCAGCCUUCCCGUCUCUCACCUCUUACUCAAAGCCCCAUUAGCUCUCAUGAGGGUUCUCCAGAGAUUGUAGUGCGCCCCAGGCCCCGUCCUAGCAUUGUCCAGCCUUCCAUUCCCCCGGAGAUGUCUGAAAUAACCCUGCAGCCACCCUCUUCUGUUAGCUUUUCAAAAAGAUCCUCACCUUCUUCUUCCCCUGCUCAAGGCCAGGGAAGCCGAAGGGCAAGUCCUAUUUACCGCUCCCACAUGGCCUUUGGCACCUCAGCAACAAGCUAUCCAUCUCAAACUCCGUCACCCCCCAUGGAAAGCAGCAGCAUUUUUGGACAGAUUCCAACCCAGAGGAGGAGUGAGGAGGAGAUUCUGCCAUCAGAACCCUCUCCGCCCCAGCUAUCAGCUUCAGGAAAAUGUCGAGGUACACCGAGUGGUCCUGCAGGGUCUGAGAGGAUAGAAGCACUGAGAUACCAACGUGUCAAAAAAGCCAAGAAGGUUGCAGUUAACAAUAACAACUCCAAGGCCAGAAAGAAAAUGGGUGUGUCGACCUCUCAGACCCAGCAGCCCCACACCUCUCAGGUCCUCCCACCAGAAGAAGCUCUCUACCUCCGAAAGAAGAAGAGGAAGUUAACCAGACAGGACCCGUACGCCCGCUUCUCCGCCCUGCUGUACCGCCGUCCGCCGCAAGACGACCAGAAAGCCAUUCUGGCCAGUAUGGACACAGUGGACCCAGACCACGCCACUUUCCUGUGAGGGCCCAGAGAGCAGGCCACACUCUUCCCAAAGCCCACUGGUUCUGCACUGAGUUUCCCAUCACCCCAGCUGUGCCCCAUAUCUACACCUCAUCUUCCCAUCCAUGCUUUUUUUUUCCUUUUUUUUUUUUUGAAAUCUCUCUUUUCACAAGAUAAUGCUGGUUGGUAGUGUUCCAAGGUUUUGCUCCAGUGCAAGAUUACCUCAAACAGAGAACUAGUGUCAAUGGGAUGUUUAUUUCUCUUCCAAAAGAGGCGUGUAAGCGUUUAGGCUCAUGCAUGUGGUUUACAGCUCUCAUUACUCCUCACAUUCCUGCACCUGUUUCAUUCUGCCAGUAGUUUUACUCUGUCUCAGCAGAACACAGGGUUCUCAUGCGUAGGCCAGAUAUACCUCAGAGUCACCCGAGACUCAUCAGUGCAGCACUGCUGAACAGACAACAUUCUGUAACUUCCGAACAGUGAAACAUUUUAGUGAUGUUUUUUUUUUUAAAAUAUUGUUUCUUGUUAGGCAUCAUUUAUGUUAAACAUUUUCAAAAGAAAAAAAAUAUUUCAGGUCUUUUAAGGCAGAAUGACUGUUAUGCUCAUAAUGGUAUUAUGUAUUAAUAUACUUAUACCACGGCACUGUUGAAUUCUCCAAUCUGAUUGGUAGGUGUUGAUUAAUUUUCUAUAACAGCAGCUCUGACAGUAGUUCUGGCUUAAUUAAUGGAUUUAAAAAAUGCAUGUAGUUGUUGUUAUGGUGAAGUGUUCUGUAAGGAGAUGUUUAUGUAUCAUUUUGGAUAAAGGUUCCAGUGUCAGUGCUUUAUAAUCACCGGUGGUAAAACUGGAAGUUUCUUGGUAACAUGGCAAGCUGCAUUUCUUUGUCAUAUUAAAUUCAAGAGAGGAAAAAGAGAGGCUGGUGAUUGAACAGCUGUUUCUACCUGUUAUAAUCUAAGUGAUAACAGGAACUAACUUGUUUAGGACGUUCCACAACAUGAAGUGUAACUAUAAACAGAUAAAUGCAUAAUGUGUUCGCUGUGGUAUAAGAGGAAUAGAACACUUUGGGAUGUGCUGUUAUUGGAAAAUAAUCAACUUUAGGGUGGUAAUAGUAACUCCGCUUUGCUUCGGGCCACAUCACACCACCCGAUUGUUGAUUAUUUUCAUGUAACAGCAUGCUCCAUCAGGUUUUAUUCCUUACAUAAUAUGCAUUGUGUGUGUGCAGUGUAGUCUUUUUUCAUUCAUCUGCUCCUCCAUGGAUUUGGAACGAUCAAUAUUUCCAGUAUUUUUGGGGGACAAUUUCAUUUUUUCCAACCACUGUUCAUGAUUUUUGUUUAGCUGAAGAAAUGUGAAGACAUCAAUACUGUAAAAUAUUCAGAAUUCAUACUGAGAAGGGAACAAAACGUUAUCCAGAGAUGCGCACAGGUUACUUUCCACUAUAAUCAAAAGCUGCUAUGGCCAUGUGUGUACAUUUUUCUGGGUUGGUGUUUUCUGUAAAUAAGUCUUUUGCAUUGGAGCAAAAUCUUGGUAAUCACUGUGAUGUACUGUCUUAAGUUGAUGCUAACUUUAUCGUGAUUUUGUGAGCUCCUAUUAAAAAAAAACAUAGCAAGUUCCAUAGUAAAAAUACUACAGUCUCCUUAAUCAAUAAAAAUUGUUAAGUAUAAUGUACUGUGAGAAGGGUAGGAUUUUGUGCCAUAAUUAUACUGUAGUAUUUUUUCAGCUGCCCCCCCUUUGAUCCAAAAAGGCAUAUUUAGGCCUAAGUAGGGCUCUUGAAUGCUUGCCUCCAUUUAGUCGUCUCUUUCUCUUUUGUCUUUCUUGUUUUUUUUUUGUUGUUUUUUUUCAAAUGGAAACCUACUGCCUUUGUGGGCCAUUUUUGUAGCCUUUUAUUUUGAGGUUUAACCUGGCUGCAAGUAGAAGCAGCACCCCAGCUCCUGUUUCUAUCCUCUGGAAAGACAUUAUGGGAAAUGCCUAUGAGAAGACCAGGCUUUCCCAUGCGGCCAAAGUUUUUUAUUGUAUAUCUAUCAUCCAAGGGUGCUUCUUUUCUACUGGUUAAUAUGUAUUCUCACUGUCAGGACAAACAUAUCUGGGCUCAUGUAUGUUCACUUUGGUGGCCAGUCAUUGAAGGGGGAUGUUGCUGGUGGUGGUCAGCGAUGGUGCUCUACCUGUUUCAAAUUACUUUGUCCCUGCUAAAAAGCUCACAAGGGCGUAGGUUGGCUAAAUAGCAUCAGCUAUCGUAAUGGGGACUCCAAAUUUAAGCUAGGUUGAUGUUUAACCUUAGGUUUUUGCAAAUUGAUUGUGUUGGUUCACGAUCAAGCCCCUCCCAAAGGCUAAUCAGUACAAUACAGGCGUAUUCAACAGCCUAUUUUGGGUGCUAUCAAACUUUGGGAGUCUUCGGACUGUAAUCACUUGAAAUUGCUUAAUUUCUCUAAGUUGAUCUUCCAGCAGAUGUGGCUGCUGCUUGUCAUUUUAACACCGCAGUAUUUGACGUUUUAGGAUUUCAACAUCAUCCAAGCGUUGGAUCAAACUUUCAAUGUUUGCUGUGGCAUUUUGACGGUCAAUACCUACUGUCCAUCAAAAUGCUUUUUUUUUUUUUAGAGUUAAAAAAAAUUCCUCGUUCAUACUUGACUUACAUCUGGGUGCUGAAUGUGAUCACCAAUUUGCAUUUAUAAUUUUAGCUACAUUGACAACAGGCUGGGGUGUACCUCAGGCAAGUAAGGGCACUUCCUGUUGGCAUGGUUAAGAGGAUUUAGUUUUAUUUUGUCAUGACUGCACUUUCUUAAAAAAGAAAAAAAAAAAACAGGAAUACCUUUGAUGUAUUCUAUGCUUAUGUGAGACCAGCGCAUUACAAGUAUACCUGUGUAAGCAUUUUUGAUGAUUUUAUUUCGCCUUGGUUAGGGGACUGAUUGUCAACUAGUCAUGCAUCAUUUGGAGCUUUUAGAUAUACUGCACUGAGCUUGAUGCUUUUCAUUUGGCACAAAGCUUUGCGAUUGGUUCAGAUCACACCACUUCUUAUGUUCUGCGAAUGUUUUUUCGGUCUUUGCAAAGAAUAUCUUUGCAUUUUAAUCUCUGUAACUGUUGUUCCAUUUGUAAUUUAAGUAAAUGUCUGAUUAGGUGACAAUUACCCAUGAAACACGUGGCAACACCUUUAGAUAGAUCUUCACAAUAGGUAGUUCAUUUCGAAGAUGUGCUCCUGAAGUAUUUACAAGACAUUUAACUGGGCAAUUUUUUUGGUCAACUAUGGUGCUUUGUAAAAGAUAUAGAACUAUUUAAUUAACUAAAUAUUGUUCUUUUAUGUUUCUUUCUUUUUCAAAAGAGUGAUAUAAAAAAAGGAUUAUCCAAGAUGCUAGGAAUGUACUGUAAUAUGUCAAAAUACUGUAUAUAAUAGCAUAUAUUGCACAAUGUAUGAUAAAAUUUUAGUAAUUUUGAAUAAAUUGGACAAUAUAUGCACGCGACUAAAUAUAUUCAUAAAACAUAUUCCCAUAUUUUGAAUUCAUUUUCUAACUAUGUGUUUGUAUAUUACUUUUUCAUGAGGUUUUCGUCACUUUAAAGCAUCCUUAAGCAUUAAACAGACACAAGAAGAUACAUUUCCAUUGACCCUGCAUUUGAAGAAUUUGUCAGCAUUUUUUGUUGGCAGUCAUCUGGAUCAUUGUAAGCCGAAAGUGGAAAGACAGGAUAUUUUUUUUUCCCUUUACCUAAUCUGUGAAACUAUUGCCCAAACAUAAACUGAACAGUAUCUUCUGUAGCACCAUCAAGUUGGAUUUCCCUUUUUGUUGUGUAAUUAGGCUUUGGCAGGGCAACGCAGAUACUUUGUAGGUUCUUGAGAGAUCCAAUAAAUGCUGAAUAAACAUUGGCUCAUAAACAGUGCAAAAGAAGAUUUGUAAUUAAAAAAAGCAAAAAGGCUUUUAAGAGCAUGAUCAAGUGAACACUUGAGCUCAUUCAGUAGCAUUGUAGCUGUCAAGGAGUGACAAUGACACUGACAAGCUUGACCUUAUAUAACUCAUAGACUUUUUUAUUGCAUUGCAUUUAUUUUAUAUGGAAUUUAUAUCUGUCCACGGAACAAGCAUUCUAUUACUUUAUCAUGACGAUUUAUUUCAAGAUAAACAUUUUCCAUUCCAAUCCAUCAUUUGAGUUUGCAUAAUUUUGAAUAAAACAACCAUCUUAGUAAAGCUUGAGUCUUUGUUUUGAUUGAACACAAAUCAUUUUCACUUUAUUCUUCUCUUUCUUUUUUUUUUUUCUUCUUUUUUUUUUUUUUUUUUUUUUUGCAUCCAUGUGUGAUGUCAUGUUUAUAGCUCUAAAAUAUUUUUCAUGGAAGAUUUGCUUGUUUCCUCUCGGAGAAUAUUUCCCAAUUUCCAUUCUGUUUUGUCACCUUUACUGGAUGUAUAUUAAUUUGUCUCAUUUAGGUCUACAUUUGGAAAUCCUUGUUCCAAGGAUCACUGAGCUAAUAUCCCCUCUGUAAGGCUUCACGAAUGAAUUCUACAAGAAUAUAUGCAUAUGGUAAAUGUACAUUUCUCUACCGAGCUUAAAUGUUUAGUGGUGAUUUUUAUUUAUUAUAGUCCUUAUUUUUAUUGACUGAUGCUUAGCUCACUGGACAAGGUCUUGGCACUUUCUCUGUUAUCUUGUAACAGAUAAAAAUGUACAUAAAUGAUUAGAGACAUGUUUAGCAUGAUUUUUCGGUUUUGUUGAAUGCUAUUAUCCAGAGCAGAUAUGUUUCAGAAUGAGUGCACAUGAGAGAUGAUUUUCCUGAAUGAAGUAGAUUAUUUGUUAAUUACUAUUUUUUCAUAUCACCUAUAAGCGAUGAAGAAAUGGUGGGAUGUCGUGAUGAAAGGGGAAAAACAUGCCAACAUUAUCUGUUAUCAGUCAUUAGAUAAUUUAACAUAACACUAGACCAAAAACAUUGACUUAAUUUAAAAUAAAUAUAUAAUACAUAACAGAUUAGCAAGAUUUUGUUUAAAAAUUUAACAUUUUAAAAGAUUUCAAUUAAAAUUUUGGCCUAAAAAAAUGUGGUUGGAAAUCGCCAUAUUCUCAUAAGCGACAGUAUUUUGAUCUAGAAUUGGAUGUUAUAAUGUGAUCUACAAUCAAAGGCAUAAGCUGAACCAAAUGAUUUACUCUGAACAAUUCUACUGUUUGGCUUAAUCAUUUUUAUUUAGUUAAAUGAGUACACUCUUAAAAAUAAAGGUAUUUUAACUACUUUUAAUUGUCGCUGGAGUGGUAACAUCAAGGGAAUAUCUUUGUACCUUUAAAUAUGCAUCUUUUACCUGGGAAGGUGAAUAUAGUGUACUUUUAAAAAUGACUUAAAGUACAUAAUUGGACUUUAAGCUUUACUAAAAAAAAGCUAAUUAAAGGUAUACAACAUGUAGGGAAAAGAUACAUACCAAAGGUAGAAAAGAUGAUCCCUUGAUGAUAUCACUCUAGCGACAAGAAAAAAAGAAAAAUAUGGUACCUUUAUUUCUGAAAGGGUAAAUAUAAAUUUUUUUAACAUCCUGAAAGGUUUCAAUACCCCCUGAUGUGCUUAAAAUGUAAAAGACUUAUAUUACAUCCGAUCAAGAACAGAACUGUUCAAUACUUGGCAAGUUUUUGUAAACACAAAUUUGCAGAAUGCAUGCUUAAACAUUGACCUCCUAAAGAACAUCAGGGAUUUAAACAAUGAUCAUGCUGCUUACUUUAGGCGGAGAAGGGGUGAGGGUCUGGUAUCAGCACAAUAUGGCGCAUGGGGGAAUAUGAGAUGUCAGUCUUCAUUUGGCACUCCGUGUGCUUGCAGGAAAUACAUGGAAAUGAUCAGGAAUGUCGGCUGACCGCAGAUACACACAAAACAAUAGAACUUUUCACGAGUUGUAAAUAAAGACUACAUAUCUUGCAAUAUAUUUUUGUACAUGACAAAUUGCUGCACACUGUGGAUAUUGUUAGAUGAAUGAUAAAGGAGUAAUUUUAUGGUCUGUAUAUUGAACAAUGUGAAUAAUAAUCUUACAAAUUAGAUUUAAGAGUUAUGAGAGCAAAAUGAUUAAAGUAUAUUCAAAAUAUAAGAAUUUACAAACCAAAGGGGAUAACGUUGUCUACUUGUGGGGUAGGGGGUUUGUUUGCUUGUAGUACAUAGCAUUUUAUUCAUUUCAUCUUUGUAUACAGCUCUGCAUCUAGGAAUAUAACACAUCGAGAGGGAAAACGAUUAGAAUAGUGCACAAAUACUGAUACAAUAUCGAAAAUAACAUUGUGCUUCAAUAGAAAACUCCAGAGUUGUGAUUAUUUUACAUUUCUCCAGUAGGCCUUAUUUGACAAAAUAUUAUACUUAUUUUCAUACCAUCAAUGCCCUUUACAUUAAAAGGUUUAACUGUGAAAAAGGCUUCUGCUCUGCUGUUUGCUUUGUGAUAUGAUAUCACACUUGAGCCUUUUUUUUCCUUUUUUCCCUUAUUUCAAUUUUUUGUAUUUAUCACAAACACAGCCGCAAUGCAUUGCUGUCCUAUAAUGCUGUUGAAGUCGAUGACGUGUCUGCAUAGGCUUACUGCCUCAUUGACUUUAAUGGUAUUUGACUGGCGGGAGGGGACACAUACAAUAUGUAUAGCAGCACAGUGUAAGAUAUGUGUAAUCUGUAUUCUUCUAGUAAGCAGACUGUACAAGUAGAGAUAUUUUGGCAGUGUACUGUAUGUAUAAAGGACAGAUAUUUAUAGCUACAAAUUAAAAGAAAACUGGAUGAUCUAACUUUUGUAAAAGGUAAAAGAAAGUGUGAUCCAACUUUGAUGUCCUGUUUAUGAAAAAAUGUAUGUUUUUUCUGUCGUGACGGUAGCGAAAGUGUGGUUAUUAGCGAUACGACAGAUGUUACAAACUGCUUUUGUAGUAUAUCUGUAGAUACUCUUACAGUCAAAGUAACAUUUUAUAGAAACAUCAGUGUGGUGCGUAUUCACUCGCCAUCCCAUUGACCACAUUAUGACUUGGUGCUAUUUAUGAUCCAUUUUGUGGUCUAGACAGGAAAUUACUUUGCCGCAAUUGUCACAUUUCACACAUAUUCAGACUAAUGUGAAGACCUAGCUGACAGUAUUUGUUAAUAUUUGAUGCAACAAAAAAAGUUUCUCACUGUUAAUUGUAUUAACGCAGUGUUAGCAAAGACAUGUACCAAGUAAAGAAAUAAGAUGUGAUGCUUACAAAAUGCUGUAAACAAACACUUGUUAGAAACAAAUGGCCUGAAUUAAAUUAAGAAAAAAUAAAGAAGUUAUGAGAAUAUAUAGCAUGUACAUUGCAAAUUAUACACAAGAGAGGAAGGAAGGAUUUGCAACAAGGGGAAAUGAAGGAGGGAAGGAAGGAAACGAGGAAGGAAGGAUUUUCACAACUAGAAGGAAGGAAGGAAGGAAGGAUUUGUCACAAAGGAAGAAAGGAUUUGUAACAACAGGAAGCAAGGAAGGAAGAAUUUGUAACAGCUGGAAGGAAGUUCAGAAGGAAGGAGGGAAGCAAUGAAAAAAGGAAGAAUUUGUAACAACUAGAAGGAAGGAAUGAAGGAAGGAAUUGUAAUAACUGCCCAGAUUUUAGUCAUCAUUUAUUUAGUCAUUCUAUUCUCUGUCCAUACAGUUGCAGUCACAGUAACAUGAGCAUUGUAUCUGUAAUCAUCUUGUUUUUGCUCGUGCCACUGUCCACAGCACUUUUCAGCUCUUCAUGUCCACUCUCUCUAUACUUUGAUUUCCAACUCUUUGGGUUUUUACUGCUCAUAAAUUCAUUUUACUGAAACUGACAUUUCUGUAGACUAAAGACAAUGAUGAAUGUUAAAAUUCAUCUUCAGGUCUAAUUGCCACACAUGAAAACUUUGGCAUGUUAUUCACAUGAAAAAUAUAAUUUCAAAAGAUAAUUAAAAUUAUAUUUUAAACCUUUCAACCAAAGGUACACAUAUACCUACUUAUGAUAGACCUUGUCUCAAACAUCAUAACAGUACAUGCUGUCUUGUCAGUGCUUAGUUAUUUUGAAGUAAUGACUUUAUUUACUUAUUAUUUUAACUAGUUAACUGUAAACUUAAUGAUUAAAUAUUUUUGUCUGAAUACAUUAUAAUACAGAAGUAGGUGAUAAAUAUAAUGGUUUAAAAAAUGGUGGCGAGCCAGAUAGAAUGUAAAAGUCUUCGUAACAUUUUACUAUUUUUGAGUUGCAUAUUGUCAGUUAUAUCAUCCAUUCAUUCUGUACUGACACAACCACUUGUCGAGGCAAAGGGCCAUUCCUUUAGCCAUCAUGUCUUUACAGUGUCUAUAGGGCUUGUGUUGUUUAGUACAGACUCAAGUGUUAAAGAAGGCAAAGGUAUCUUCUUAAAACUAGCUUGUGUAUUCACCAUUCAUCUAUGUGAUUGCAGUAGUAGCCUGGGCUCAUUCAGGUCUGUAGGAAUGUGAUUUAAUUGAUUCAGAAUUUGGUGAUUCAGGAUUCAGUGAUUCAGGACUGUAGGGAAGUUGAUUCAGAAUUCAGCGAUUCAGGACUGUAGGGAUGUGAUUCAGAAUUCAGUGAUUCAGGACUGUAGGGAAGUGAUUCAGAAUUCAGUGAUUCAGAACUGUAGGGAAGUGAUUCAGAAUUCAGCGAUUCAGGACUGUAGGGAAAGAGAUUUGGGAUCCAGUACUGGGAAUGUCUCUCGGUUCAGGCGUAUUGACCUAUGAUUUAAUACCAUGCAUGCCAUUUGGAAAACAGAGCUCUUACUUCUGAAAUACUGAGUUGGCCUUUAUUUCACAUGCUCCUUGCUGGGUAAAGCUCAUUGGGUUGCCAUGUUCAGAUGCUACAGUGUUAUGUAACCUUUACUCUGCUUCAGAAAUGUUUUGUAUUUUGAUAUAAUAAAAGAAUGAAAACUAAUGCUUACAUGUUUGCGUUUCUCUUGCCUUAAACACAGAAAUCACAGACCCCUCUGCAAAUUAUUGCACAAAAAUAAGUUACUUCCUGUAGAGAAAAUAAUUUAAUAAUAAUAAUUUCAUUUCAAACAAGAAGAACAGAUGAUACACACAGACAAACUUUUGCACCAACUUAAACU